UCCCAUGGGGUGGCAGGGCCCCAACUCCUGGAGCCAUCACUGCCGCCUCCCAGGGUGCCUGUCAGCAGGAAGCCAGAGUAGGCAGUAGAGCCAGGACUCGAGCCCUGGGCAUUCCAGGGUGGCACGCGGGCGUCUUAACCCCUGCCGCCUUGUUUUUCUGCCGUGGAACCCACAGCUGGGCUCGCGGACGGGUCGAAGCACACUCCAGCUUAGGUGCUGGAGGGGGAAGAGGCCCAGCCCCACUUCCAGAGCCCGCCCUCUCCUUCUGGGUGGACAGCUCGGUCCCUCCCACUUUGUUCCUACAAAGCCCUCAGCUGGGAGAGCAGCUGGGCGCUCCUGCCCCGCUAAGCCAAGCCAGAGCCGCAGAGGUGGUGCCUGGGCCAGGACCACGGAGCAGUGAUACUGCUACUUCAAACACUGCCAGAGGGGCAGGCACUGUGGCUCGGCAGCCACCACUUGGGACGCCCGUGUCCGUGUCAGAGUGCCGGUUCCAGUCCCAGCAGCUCUGUUCCGAUUCAGCUCCCGGCCAGUGGGCCUGGAAAGCCAGUGGCUGAUGGCUCAAGUGCUUGGGCUCCUGCCCCUUCACCUGGGAAACCUGGGUGGAGCUCCCGGCUUUGGCCUGGCCCAGCCCUGGCUGUCGCAGCCAUUUGCUGGAGGAUCUCGUUUCCUCUUUUUCCUGUCACUCUGCCUUUCAACUCAAUAAUCGUCUUACACCCACUGGAAGCAGCACCCUUACGUUCAAAGCGAACGUAUCGCUGUGACUGACUGAAGGGGAGUGAGCGGGCUCUGGCCUCCCGCAGGGCAGCAUGGAGCGCAUCCAGGACACGUCCCGCCCACCACUGGAGUACGUGAAGGGGGUCCCGCUCAUCAAGUACUUUGCAGAGGCGAUGGGGCCGCUGCAAAGCUUCGAGGCCCGGCCCGAUGACCUGCUCAUCAGCACCUACCCCAAGUCCGGCACUACCUGGGUGAGCGAGAUACUGGACAUGAUCUACCAGGACGGUGACCAACAGAAGUGUCUCCGGGCCCCCAUCUACAUCCGGGUGCCCUUCCUUGAGUUCAAGGCCCCAGGAGCCCCCUCAGGUAUGGAGACCCUGAAAGAUACACCGUCCCCGCGGCUCCUCAAGACGCACCUGCCCCUGGCUCUGCUCCCCCAGACUCUCCUGGACCAGAAGGUCAAGGUGGUCUACGUUGCCCGCAACGCGAAGGACGUGGCCGUCUCCUACUACAAUUUCUACCACAUGGCCAAGGUGCACCCUGAGCCUGGCACCUGGGACAGCUUCCUGGAAAAGUUCAUGGCCGGGAAAGUGUCCUAUGGCUCCUGGUACCAGCAUGUGCGGGAGUGGUGGGAGCUGAGCCGCACCCACCCCGUCCUCUACCUCUUCUUUGAGGACAUGAAGGAGAACCCCAAGAGGGAGAUCAAGAAGAUCCUGGAGUUCCUGGGGCGCUCCCUGCCGGAGGAGAUGGUGGACCGCAUCGCCCACUGCACGUCUUUCAAGGAGAUGAAGAAGAACCCCAUGACCAACUACAGCACCAUCCCCAAAAACGUCAUGGACCACAACGUCUCCCCCUUCAUGCGCAGAGGCGUGGCCGGGGACUGGAAGACCACCUUCACCGUGGCCCAGCACGAGCGCUUCGAGGCCGACUACGCCGAGAAGAUGGCGGGCUGCGAGCUCACCUUCCGUUCGGAGCUGUGAGGGAGGCGGGGGCGCCCCGAGAGCCUUGUGAGACAGGCCCGACGCGAGGCCUUGCGAAUAAAGCACGCCCUGGCGCACGCAGGGCGUAAGCCCCUGGGA